AUGCUUACUGCGUCUCCCUCUCCCUCUCCCAAACCUGAGGAGCACCUGCAAGACGGUGGCGACGUGUCUGUUGAUGGCGCCACUCUCGACGACACGGCUCCGAAGGAGCCACAGGAAUCUGACGCGGACCACGUUGAGCGAGCAUGGGGUACAGUUUUGAAUACGAUGCAUGUGUGCGUCAAGACGUCGCCUCCCCCCAAGCCUGAGCUCUUGGAGGAGCAAGAGUCGUGGCUCUGUGACUGGAAUGUCGCAAUGGCAGAUAUGACCGCCAUAUAUGAGCGGGCGCGUGCCAUCGCGCUGCAUGUGUCCUUAAAUGAUUUGGAUGCGGUAACAUUGGCCAAAGGUAAGACUACCGCAAGGAUGCUUACUAAGGCUGUGCGAUCCUGGAAGGAAAAGGCAGAGAAGACUGCCGUGACUGCGUGUCCUGCGCGCGCUGAGAAGGGGAAGGCGAAGGAAGUCGCUGUGACUGUAGAGGCGAAGGAAAAAGUGACGGAGAAGGCGGAGGCGGCUGUAGUGACUGAUAUGGGGCGACCACGUCUUGGUGGUCGCAUGACCAUUGACUCGGCUUUAAAGCUGGCUGAAGAGUGCGUGCAUUGUGCCACGUCCAGCGCCAAAUGUGUCGUUAUGGAUUCUAAUGCAAGGUGCAACCCUUGCAUGAAGACCAGGAAAGGUUGCUCAUUUGUCACCUCAAAGACCAAGGAACGCGCGCUGGCUGCGCCUAAGCUCAAGAUUCCGCCUGUUGCGUGA